AUGACUCCUAGAAGUGGUGCUCCCAGCAGCACAGCACAGGCCUCUUUGGCAGAGUUGGCAGGACCUGUGAAGUCAGGCCCACGUAGUCACAGUCAUGUCCAAGUGCAGUGUCGUGACCAUACAGCACUGCACUUGGUGCUGGAGGCACUGCAGGCGGAGGAGCAGCAGCAGGGCACCUUGGCCGUCAAACAGGGCACCGGGCAGAAGUACCUAUUAAAGCAUCUCCUGGGCCUCCUCAUUUGGCCUCUUACCUCCAAGGCCAAAGGAGCCACUGGGAGCUUCAAAUUGGUUUUCGAGGGGAAAAAAAUCCACUCCAGAAAGAUAUCUGUCAUCAUGAUCACCAGGAAAGCUGGUGAAGCCAAGAAGGGUCUCAAGUACCCAAGUCAGACAAAGAAGGACCCUUCCAGCCCAGGAGAGAUAAAGAAGCCAAGUUUCCAACAAGCUAGGUAUAGUCAAGAAGAAGACCCACAAGAAAGACAUCAAGGCCAAGGUGAGAGUGACAAAACGGAGUGA